CUCUUAUAGACUAUACGCAAGCUAAGAUGAGUGGACGUGGCGGCCACAGACAGGCCGCCACAGGCAGAUUCGCUGGCCUGACGAACAAAAAUGUAUCGGAGGACGAUAGCCUUUAUGUUUUGGGUUUACCCGUCACGCUUGUUCGUGAUGAUGAAACAGCAAAGCUUAUAGAAGAGGGCAGGCACCUCCAGAAGCAUGCUGGUGGUGGCCUCGUGGACCGCUUUGACGUGCGCCUGCUCUUAGAAAGCAUUUCCUUACGCCCUCAAAACGUCAAGCGGUCUUGCUCGAAAAGCACAGAAAAGCAAGAGCUGGAUGCGGAACGCUACCAGGAUUUGGACCCAACGCGCGAGCAUGAACUCGAGUCCGGGGCUUUUGGAUGGUGGACACAACAUGAUGGAUUCAGCCACAGUGUUCGUCUCGGCAACUCGGUGAUUGCGUGGGUGCCCUGCUGGACCUUCCGCGCCCGUCCGAGGCGCAGGAUGGCCAUAGCCCGAUGCCUUCUAGUUCCUUCUUGUCGAUACCCGCUUCCCGGUUUGCCUGCUUGCACCUUGACAUAUCGUUUGCGCACGAAUGUGAUGCACCCGCGCAUGGCAGCCCGGCCCAAGCCUUGGGCUUCCCAAACCUUACUGCACACCGUGUUUCCAACCGCUGCUCUCCGCUUGUUUAGCUCCCCCGCUGACACCGCUUCCUCCGCCGAACUGAUGAGCAGGCCAACACGACAGCGCCGGCGGUGCCGCCCAAUACCACCUUAGCCGGGCUGCCAGCGACAGUGUUAGCAGCGGCACGGAGACUGAAUCAGGAACGGAUUCAGAUUCAGACAGCGGCGGCAGCGCAGCCAGUCCCGGCACAGGGCCUACGGGCGGAGGCAGCGGCGGAAGUGCUGCGGGCGAGGCCGAGGAUGGUGAUGAGGCGCAGCUGCCGCCGCCACCGGCGCACAGUCGUUACGCUGCCUUUGCAUUUGACUAUGGCGCAUCAGUCGGCGAGGCGGACGCUGAGCGCCGGGACGACAUGAGCCCAGGGGACGCAGGCAGGGAGGGCGGCAGCGGUGGCGCGGUGAAGGAGGGGGAGCACGCGGCGGCGCCGGCCCAUGGUGCCGCUGCCACGGUGGCGGAGGAGCCGUACGCGCCGCUGUUCGCCGUACCCGCGCACCUGGAGGCGCACCUGCCGGACAACCAGCGAGUGCACCGGCUGCUGGUCCGCACCGCCCGCUUCGUGGCUGCCAACGGGGGUCAGGUGGAGGUGCUGCUCAGGGUGCGGCAGGCCGACAACCCGAACUUCUCCUUCCUCUUCCCCGGCAGCCGCACCUUCCCCUACUACCGCUGGGUGGUGGAGGCGGCUCCGCGGGAGCUGGUGCGUGAGCUGCCGCCGCGCAACGCAGCUCCCGGUGCGGAGGCGCAGCCGGGGGAGGAGCGCGAGGGCGAGGGGGCCGCCGGCGCCGCCACCAACCCCGCAGCGGCUGAGGCGGCAGCAGUGCUGCGGCCACCACGUGGGGUGUCGCCCGGGACGUCCUCCACGGAGGAGGGGCCGGCAUCAGCUGGCGCGGCUGCUGCUGCUGCCGCUGCCGCGGUCCAGGGGGAAGGGCAGGAGGCGGAGAGGGAGGGGGCCCGGCUGAUGGAGUUUGGUCCCAGCCUGCCGGAGAGCGCGGCGAAGGAGCAGCAGCAGCAGCUCGGCGGUGGCAGCAGCAGCGGGGGAGGAGGGACGUCGGGGGCCGGGGGGGCAGCCAGGGCGCGCACCUUGAGGCCGCCGCUGCCGCCGCCGGCCCUCGCCCCGCCGCCGUACAGCCAUGCAGCUGCUGCCGGGCAGUACGCAGCUCCCUUGGCUCCGGCGGCGGCGUAUCCCCACCCUCCCCCGCAUCCGCACCCUGUGCCCCUGCUGCCGCACCUAGCGGCCUACGGUCCGCCGCAUACCGCCUACGCUCACCCCCCUUACGCAGCACCAACAGGAGCCGGAGCAAGUACCUCCGCUGGUGUAGCGGCAGCAGCAGCCGCAGCCCCUUCGGUCGCUGCCGCCGCUGCGGGUGCAGACGCGGAGCCGCCCCCCGUGACGCAGUCCAUUAUCAACAAGCUGGUGGCCUACGUGGCGAAGAACGGCAUCGGCUUCGAGGCGGUUGUGCGGCAGCGCGAGCGCGCCAACCCCGCCUUCUCCUUCCUGCUGCCCUGGGGCCCCCACCACGGAUACUACCGCCGGCGGCUGGAGGCGGCGCUUGGGGCGGAGGCGGUGGCGAGCGCGCUUGGGGGCGGCGGCGGAGGUGCGGGGGCAGCCGGGCCGGCUGCAGUGAAGGGCGACGGCGGGGAGGCGGUGGUGCUGAGUGAUGAGGGGGCGGAGCCGCCGCCGGCCGAUGGGAUGGCGGGUGCUGUCACUGCGGCUGGGGCCGCCAAGCAAGCCGACGCCAGCUCGGUGCCGGCGGGCAGUGCGGGGGCUCCGGCCCGGGCCGCCAGCGCAACCGGCACUGGCAGCGCGGCCGCGGGCCGGGUGAUCAUCCGCGCCAAUCCCAAGCUCGCCGGCCUGAGGCCCCCAGCCCCCUCCAAGCUGUCUUCUGCAGCCACCUCCAAUGACGCCGCCGGCACUGCGGACGGCGAGGCAUCCGCCCUACCUGCCUCCAUUGAUGAGGAAACCGCCGCGGCGGGGGCUGAUGGCGUUGGUACCGCUGCCGCCAGUGCGGCGGAGGGCCUCACACCUGCACCCAGGAGGAGUGAUGAUGGAGGAGGAAGCGGCGGCGCGGGGGCGGCAGGCGAUGUGCAGGAUGCUGGUGCUGGGGAGCCGGCGAGCCCUGCGGAGGGCGGGGUCGGUCGGGGCGAGGAGGGGCAGGUCAUCAUGGUGUUUGAGAGACCGGCCAGCUCGUCCGACUCGGGGUCGGGGUCGGAGUCGGAUUCCGAGGAGUUUCCGCGGCGAGGGGGCUCUGCUGCGGAGGGCUCGGAGACCUCGGGCGGUUCCAAUGAUUUCGAUGAGGACUUGGACUCCAGCGAUGACGACGACGAUGACCUCGGCGGCAGCGGCGGCGGCAGACGUUCCAAACGACGACGGCGGGCUGCCAGCGCGGCACUUGAAGGUGGUGCAGCAGCUCAAGGAGACGGUGGCGGGGCGGGAGUCGCCGCAAGCACCGCUGCCGUGGCCGACCCCGAAGCCGCCGCGCGGUGGGAGGCUCGCCAGCGGGCUGCGAAGCUGCUGCUCGCGAAGGCCAAGGCGCAGCAGGAGGUGGCGGCGGCAGUGCGGCGCUCCCGGGCCAUACACCACCACCGGCACUUCUUCCUGCGAUCGGCCGACGAUGAGGGGCUGGCGGCGGCGGUGGAGCCCAGCGGCGGUGAGGAGCGGACUGUCGUACCGCCUGCUGACGUGGCGGCUGCCCUGGCGGCUCGCGGCGUAGUUGCGGGGGGUGCUGCUACCGCUGCUGCAGAGGCGGGGCCGCAGGCGGCGGACGGUGUGGGUGUUCCUCCUCCGCUGGGCUCCGCCGCCGCUGCGGAGGUGCUGGCGUUACAGCGGCUGGUGGCUCGGCAGAAGGAGGAGCAGGCCCGCAAGGAGCAGCAGCUGCAGCAGCGGAAGGCCAAGGAGCGUCAGCAACACGAGGAGGCGCAGAAGGCAGCAGCGGCGGCGGCAGCAGCGCCCAACAAUGCAGUGACCGCGGCAGUGAAAGGGCCGCACGCGGCUCCUGGUGUGCGGGGCGUCUCGGCGGCUGCUCCUGCUCUUGCUGCUGCACUGGCGCCCCCAGCAGUGCUGCCAGCCCCCAGGGAGGCGGGCCUCACGGGCACCCUCUUCACGGCGCCAGCCGCCAGCGCCGGGUGGGCCUCCGCCGCCGCCUCCCCUCCGGGCUCCUCUCUGGCGGUGUUGCGGGACCUGGUGGCGGCGGCUGCGGCGGCGGCAGCGCAGCACCGAGCGGCUUUUGAAGCCAUGCUUCGGGACCCAUCGCGGGUGAUCCAAGCCGAGCGGCCGGACAGCGGCGCCACGGCAGCCGGCGGAGGCAGGCGCAGCCGGGGCCGCGGCGACGACAGCGACUGUGCUGACGAGGCCAGGGAGCGGGGCCACAAACGCCGCAAGCGGUCAUCACGGUCACGAUCACGGUCGCAACCUAGGUCGAGAUCAAGAUCUCCCUCAUCGCCACGGUCCCGCAGGAAGGAUAACAAGGACAAGGGCCGCUCCCACACAGACUCCAAACGCCGCCGCAGUCGCAGUGGCAGCCGAUCGUGCAGUCGCGAGGGUGACCUUAGGAGACGACGCUCACGUGACCGACCCGCGGGUCGCUCCUCCAGGCAUCGGGACAACGAGCACGAUGGAGACCCUGUGCGGGAGAGGGAUAGAGGGCACGAUAGGAGGGAGGGCCGGGACCGGGGGCGAGAGCACACGAGGGACCGGCACCGGGGUUACGAUGAUGAUGAUGAGGGUGGGGAGCGGCGCAAGGGUCGGCACCGGAGCCGUGAAGCCAGCCGCAGCCGGAGCAGGAGUCGAGGGAAUGACGAUAGACAACGGACGCGGCAGCGACGUGCAGAUCGUAGCCCUAGCGGGCGCCGCAGUCGCAGCCGCAGCCAAAGUGAGACCCGUGGGUCAGGCAUGCCGAGGCGCAAGGCUGCGCCAACAGAGAGCCGUCCUGCCGCGGCGCCAGGGCCUGCUGCGCCAGGGCGCCAGCAUGGUACCGGUGGUGCGGCGGAUCCCCAGCCAGUUGCGCAGCAAAGCGCGGCCGCACCUGGCAGGGGUGGUGGCGGCACUGGCGCGGCUGCUGCAGGGGCCAUGCUAGGUGCUAAUGCGGCUACUGCUGCUGCUGUGGACGGCGGCGCGAGCGGAGGAGCGGACCUGCGCUCCCGGCUGCGACAGCUGCUGAGCGGUGGCGACGGUAGCGGGCUGCUGGGUUAGUGCGGUGCAGGUGUAGGGUGCUGGCAUUGGCGCCGGCUGGCAUGGGGCACGACCCGACACAGCAUUCCGUCCUCUUGACUACCAAGCUACCGGUGUCAUUGGUGAUUGGUGGCAGUCCUGCCCUGGCGUCUGCAGUUCACUACGUGGGGUUCGUGGGGGGAUUUGUGCCUCAGCAUUCACGCGGGUGUUUGUUGUGCGGCCGCGUGUUGCUGAGCGAGCUGGAUUAAAACGAUGGUUGGUUGCAAUGUUGGCAGCGGUGCCUGGCUGUGUUGCACAGUGCCGCCACCAGAUACCGAUACAUGAACUGUCUUCACAGCAAUUCAACGGCAUACGUAUGCAGUCACAUGUGGUUGUAACUGGAAUCAAAUUUAGCUGUACUGGAAGGCAUGGAAACAGCUGCGCACAUGCAGACGCUGGUGUAUGCCAAAAGGAACGUAGGUUCCCCGUACGUAGGAACGUCCUAAUCUGG